AUGUACCCCGGGCACGGCUUGGAGCCGUAUCACUUCUCAACCUUGUCAGAGCUCUUUCGUCAAGCGGUCACACAGGCCAUGCAACAUCCCCAUAUCGAGGAUGACAUGUCUGAAGUCGAGUCGGCACGCUCGGGUCUGAAUGGCAAACCUGUUGAUGACGAUGCGCGGUUCUUGGCCGCCGUGUCCGAGGCUAUCUCUCCAGAGGAUGUUUCGCACUACAGCACGCAACCUCAAUUCGAUGAAGCUCCUUCUCGCGUCAGGGUUUCCAAAUUUGAUGAUGACCCGACGCUACUCUGUGGUGCUCUGGCCAAGCUUCCACCGUAUCAAGAGUCCAAACUUCUCACCGAUAUCUUCUUCAAAUAUCUCGAAUCCAACUGGUACUACUUUGACGAACGUUGGUUUCGUGACUUGCUUGUACAAAUCUACCAAGCGACUCCUCCCAAGCCACAACUUCGGUGCACGACCGUCUGCUUGGUCUUCCUCGUGCUGGCUCUGGGCGGAUCUUUCGCACAUCUGGAUCAGUCGGCUACAGCAAGUCUAGUUGAUCACGAUCAUGCGUCAGAGGAGCUACCAGGUAGCGAGUUCUACAGCGUUGCAAACGGAUUGAUUCCCGGUGUUCUCGCUGCCAUCUCGGUGGAGAGCGUGCAGUGCUGUGUCCUGAUGGGAUUGUAUACCCUUCCGAUGGAGAGCGGCGCACACCAUUACACAUAUAUCGGACUAGCUAUGCGCCUCUCAAUUAGUUUGUCCCUUCACCUCAAUAAAAUGGACGGUCAAGUUACGCCCCAAGCCCGCGAAAUUCGAACGAGAGUCUUCUGGACAACGCGAAUGUCGGUGAUGAUGGGGCUGCCGACGAUGUUGCAAGCGAGAGAUAUUACUGCCCCCCUCCCCAAGUGGACACCGGAUUUGGAUGAGCUGCAUCCUCAAAAGAUUGAUCGUCUUAUCGCCUUCACAAAGCUGACGAUGGCUUUGAACAAAGUCACUGACGCCAGCCCAGUCGACGAAACCCCUGGAAAGUUUGCCCUCGCGUGCUCGACUCUCGAGGAGUGGAAGCGCUCUCUCCCAGUUCAUUUAGUGACCCAAGACGACACUACUUUGCGGGUAACCGCUCAUCUAGAUAUCAUGUACCAAAUGAUAUGGAUCUACAUCGGCCGAGGGGCUUCGCUCCGACUCGCUCGCGAGCGAAUCCGCCAGUUAGACGGUGUUAGCGACCCUAAACUCCCGAUGAUCCCUGUGUCGCAAAAGCUUUCAGAAAGAUGUACCGACGCCGCCUGCACAAUUGUUGAGUGGAUCGACCUUCUGAGAAGUCGCAAGCGACUCGCCAAAUUCUCUCACACGGACUUCCACUCUUGCAGCUCAGCCAUUAUCGCCCUGCUCCUGAACGAGAUGCGCGACCCUCACAUGCGCUAUCGGUCAGCCAUUGAACGAGGCAUUGAGGCUCUUCGCUUCAUGGCGAGCGGCAGCCAGCUCGCGAAGGACGCGCUACGCUUAGUCGAGGGCUUACACGCGGGUAUACAAAAAUCCAAAGGACAUAACGAAUGCACGUCACAUAGGCAAGACGAGUCCGCUGCGCAGGAUUUAUACCACCAGGUGGCCCAGAGUGAAUCUCUUGUGGCCAACGACACUGUGGAAUACGCUCCCGCUGACUUUGCAACACUUGACUCGAUGAUAUUUAGCGACCUGGAGCCCUCGCUGCUGCAAUAUCCAGAUUCCGAUCUCGCCCUCUUUGGAUUUCACGGGUUUUAUUCCACGUUCGAGACAUGUGAAUAUGAGGGCGAAUAG